GAAUCUGUGGGUUCAGGGCCUACCCUCUGGAGCAGCAGAAAACAAGCUUGCUUCUUUCUCCCUCUCUGGUUUCUUAGUCUGCAGAGCUUCCCUGCCUGCUUGCAAACAGCUCGGACCCCAGCCAGUGUGCCCCAUGGCUAGGGAUGAUGGGAGUUGGAGUCCAACAACAUCUGGAGGGACCCAGGGGUUGCUCACCCCAGAAUUAGACCAUAGGUGUACCAAGGCCUGGACAUCAUCACCAACAAAGCCUCUCUUCAGGAGCAGCGGCUGUGCAGGCAUCACAUGAUCAGCUUUGUGGACCCCUUGGUCACCAACUACACCGUGAUAGACUUCCGCAACAAGGCCACGGCCCUCAUUGAAGACAUCUUCGCUUGCAAGAAGAUCCCCAUUGUGGUUGGAGGGACCAACUAUUACAUCGAGUCCCUGCUCUGGAAGAUUCUGAUUGACACCAAGGAGGUGGCCAGGAAUUCAGGCUCCACAGGGGGGACUAUGGAUCGGAAAAUGGAGCUGGAGAAACUGGAUGGCGAAGAGCUCCAUCGCCGACUGAGCCAGGUGGACCCCAGAAUGGCAGCCAAACUGCACCCCCACGAUAAACGCAAGAUGGCCAGGAGUUUGCAAGUGUUUGAAAAAACGGGCAUCCCCCACAGCGAGCUACUGCAGCAGCAGCAGCAGGAAGAAGGGGGAGGGCCGCUGAGCGGCCCCCUGAAGUACCCCAACCCUUGCAUCCUCUGGCUACAUGCAGAGCAGGCAGUUCUAGAAGAACGGCUGGACCAGCGGGUGGAUGCGAUGCUGGAGGCUGGGCUGCUGGGAGAGCUGCGGAACUUCCACCAGCGAUAUAACCAGGAGAGGGUAGAUAAGAACAGCCAGGAUUAUCAGCACGGCAUUUUCCAGUCCAUCGGCUUCAAGGAAUUCCACCAGUUCCUGAUUGCAGAGGGCAAGUGCUCGGAGGAGAUGAGCCAGCAGUUCCUGAACCAAGGAAUCCAGGCCCUGAAGAUAGUGACCAAAAGGUACGCCCGGAAGCAGAACAAAUGGGUCCGGAACCGCUUCCUGAGACGGCCCGGCCCAAACGUGCCCCCUGUCUAUGGCUUGGAAGUCUCAGAUCUCUCUCAGUGGGAGGAGAAAGUGCUGGAACCUGCAGUGCAGAUCGUGGAGAGCUUUGUUCAGGGGCGGCAGCCACCGGCCGAGCCCAUCACGAUGGCGGACGAGGCAGGUGAAGCCCAGGAGGGCAAGCGGAGGCGGCACAUGUGUGAGCUGUGCAGCAGAAUCAUCAUCGGGGACAGAGAGUGGAAAGAGCACAUAAAAUCCAAAGGCCACCGUUUCCACCAGAAGCAGCAGCAGCAGCAGCAGCAGCAGCAGCAGCGACACCUGGCCUCAGAUACCCUUUCCACAAAGCGCCAUGAUGAAAGUGCCAUGACUGGUGGGAAGGAGAGAGAGGAGGAGGGGGACGGGAGCGUGGAAGCCUGUGAAAUGUAGACCCCAUCUUUGGGAGGCAGGUUGUUGGUGGGAACGCUGGCCCUGGAGGCAGGAUCCUACCCUCAUCAAGGAUCUCUCAUCUAAAAAAUGCC